GGGGUGUCGCCAUAUUACAGCUGUAUGGGUGUGUUGGGGGUCAUUGUCAGUCGUUGUGAGUGAUUUGUUUAUGUGAUGGGUAUUGCCUUACCAUGACGGUCGAUUUUGGUGAUUAUUUCUGGGGAGAGAAGAACAAUGGCUUCACUGUUCUUUAUCAGAAUAUGAAACAUGGUUUGGUUGCAAGCAAAGAAUUUGCCGACUUCCUCAGGGAAAGAUCUAACAUUGAAGAAAAUAAUUCAAAGUUACUGGCUAAGUUAGCUAAGCAAACAAGUUCUGGCAGUGUGCAAGGGACAUUUGCUCCAGUUUGGCAAGUUCUCCGCUCUUCAGCAGAGAAACUGUCAAAUUUACACAUGCAGAUGGUACAGAAAGUUACUGAACUGGUGAAGGAAGUUAGCAAAUAUGCCGAAGAACUUCAUAAAAAACAUAAAUUGGUUAAAGAGGAAGAAGGAAGCACAUUGGAAGUGGUCCAAGCUAUACAGUCAACGACCUUGAUACUACAAAAGGCUAAGGAUACAUACACACAAAGGGGCUUGGAAUAUGAAAAAUUAAAGAAAGAAAAUGCAUCACCUAAGGAUCUGGAGAAAGCAGAAAUAAAACUCAAGAAGGCGCAAGAAGAGUAUAAAGCAUUGAUAGAAAAAUACAAGAUGAUUAAAGAGGAAUUUGAAAGGAAAAUGAUAUUGGCUUGCAGGCAUUUUCAAGAAAUUGAGGAAGCUCAUGUGAAACAGAUGAAAGAAUUUCUCAAUACUUACGCUGACGAUCUGCAGCACAACCAUGACCUCAUUGGACAGAUACAUAUUGACUUCAAACGCCAGUGUUUGGAAAUGACUGUUGAAAAACUACUUGAACAGUUCGUUUUGACGAAGUACACUGGCUUGGAAAGACCAUGUGCAAUUGAAUUUGAGGAGUUUAGUAUAUCAGGGCUUUCAUCCAUAACUAGUCAGGCGCAGGAUUCCUCAGAAAAAACAACAAAUGGUGAAAAGCCUUCAAAGAAAGAAGGUAAUCUAGAUUGUGCUGCUCAGAAGCCCAAAGAAAGCAAAACAUCCCGCCGCACUACCUCCCUUCUGAACCUCUUCAUGUCUAGCUCCCAGGGAAGCAGUGGGAACCCUGAGGGUGGGAGUCUUCCCACCUCAGCUCCCACGAGCCCAACGACUGGGGCCGGGGUUCCUCCCACUGGGAAUGCAACUUCGCUAGCACGGAACCCUUUGCGAGGAUCAAAGUGGUUUUUAAGAAGCAGGCGUGAGAAGCGUAAGGAAAAGAAAGCGAAAAAGAAGAAAGAUGGCAUGGAUAACACUAGUAGUAAAGAAGAGAAGUCAGAUGUAAAGAAUGGAAGUCUUGAUGCUUCCAGGGAAGACAAGGAUGACAAUAGGAAGUCAGAGACACCAACUCCCGAAGUGGAUGAGGAGGGCUACUGUAUCAAACCUAAAACGGAUCCUUGGGAAAAUGAUAAAGGGAGCUUUUAUUCGAGCUCAGACACUGAUUCAGACGAUGAAAGAGAACACAAAAUUCAUGUGGAAAUCAAACCAUUAAGCAACGGGUCUGCUCCAAUGAGUGCCAGUGUUGAUGAGCUCCGUGCAACGGUGGAAAACUUGUCGCUUUCACCAGUUGCUACAGUUACAGCAAGAAGAGAUUCAGCUGCUGACCCAGACUCUCACAUCAAACGCUCCCAGUCUGUCUCUCAACAGCUAGGAGGGAAACCAAGUAGUGAUCUUUUGGGAUUGAAUCUCUUCCAAAGUCCGACUGCAUCUAGUGCCUCAACCCCAACAGGGAAUCAUCCAUAUGCACCACUACACAGCCCAACGCAGCCAACAGUUAGCAGUCCAGUUCCAUCAACAUCAUCAUCACGCUAUGCAGAUCUGGGAGAUCUUUUCUCUGAAGUUGGGGAAAUGCAACAGCCAGCCUUACCACCAAAGCAGUCGCGGCAGACACCUACACCCACACAGGGCACCAUUGCAAUUCCAAGGCCACCAUCAAGACGAGGAGAGGGUCCAUCUACGCGUGGCAGAAUGAGUCCAGCUCCAAUUGCCCGUGCGGAUAGUGUUGGGAGCUUGGAGUUCCGCACAGCUGGCGUUCCAGUAGGAUCAUCACGAGGACCAUCACCCCUUACUAUUGGAAUGGCUGACACCAUACCACUUGCUGUUGCAUUUCAUGAAAUUGUCCACUCCUACUUUAGAGGGACAGAUGAAACAAAGUGCCAGGUGAAGUUGUCUGGUGACAUGAUGCUCUCAUUCCCUGCUGGAAUUGUGGCUGUACUAGCUAACAAUCCAAGUCCUGCCCAAUUAUCAUUCCGAAUUCGUAACACUCAUAGGCUUGAGGACAUGCUGCCCAAUAAACAGCUCGUCACAAUAGACUCUGCCCAGUCAAGUCACGACAGUACAGUAUUUGAUUUCAACAUGAAUGCAUUAACAGCUCUACUUCGAAGGCAGUCGGAUCAGAACCCGUCAGCGUCCUACUUUAAUGUAGAUAUUUUAAAGUACAAGAUAAAGCCAAAGAGUGGAGCAGGGUCCUGUCCAUUCCAGCUGGUAGCUUAUUGGAAAUGUGAAUCGAGCCAUACUGACCUCAGAAUUGACUACAAAUACAACAGUCAUGCUAUGUCUUCAGCCUCGCCUCUACUGAAUCUCACUGUAGCUGUUCCAGUUGAUGGUGGUGUCAAAAACAUGCAAUCUAAGCCAAAUGCUCAAUGGCAGCCAGAAAAUAAUCGUGCUUUAUGGAAAUUCACGGAACUCUCCCAACAUAGUGAAAAUCAUGGUGUUGGUUCCCUGAGGGCACGUUUGGAAGUGACUAAUGGUCCAAGUAAUCAGAGCACUAUAGCAACACAAUUUAAUUGUGAAGGUACUACUCUGUCGGGCUUAGAGUUUGAGCUGGUUGGUGCAGGCUACAGACUGUCACUUGUGAAACGAAGAUUUGUCUCAGGCAAGUAUAUAUGUGAUGGUGACCCUGACCCAAGGAAUAGGUAUGCAACUCCACCAGGAUCAGAAUGCUAGCAGCUGUGCUGUUUCUUGGAAACUCAUAAGUUCCAUACUUGUUUAGUUCCAGUGACUGUGUGUGUCAGUGAAUAUGGAGUGUAUGUGAGAAAACCUAUUGAGUGAUAUGAAAAUUUGCAGUUGUGUAUUUGAAAAAGUCAAAGUACCAAAUUGACUGUUUGUAAUAAUCUAAGUCAUACCUCAACAUUUAUUUUAUCAUAAAGAGUAUUUUAAAUUCAUUGUAAAAUGAUGUGUACAAUAAUGCUGUUACUAUGAAAGGCAUUUCAGGUAAAACCUUUCAAAAUACAUAACUGGUCCUUAUGAAAUGGACAGUGAUUCCUUGAGGCUAACUGAGGAAAAAAAAAGAGUGAAUGGAUGUCAUUGACGACGUGCAGUUGGGUGAAUUUAUACCACAGUUUAAACAUUAGAUAAGUUGACUCAUGUAUUUAAAAAGUGAAAUGGCUAUUUUAUAAGUAUUUAAAUCCAAAUCUGAUUUUUUUAAUAUGUAUGAAACACACUGAAAAUUGUUGGCAUUUUUAUUCUGCCUUAAUUUACAUUCUUAUGUUUAUACUAAACAAUGAGAAAUAUUGAACAGAUAGGCACUAAGGCAGCAGAACAGUGCAAUACAGUUCUUUAAAAUUUCUAGUAUUCCGCCUAUAAUCAGCUCUUAUCUUUGUUUUACUCUUUCUUUUUUUAUGUGAUUCUGUUGCUUGUGUGUAUUGCAGUGCAAAGAGUAUAUAUUUUCCUUUCUUUAUUUUUCCCUUUAGUGACAAGAAAUCUCAUUUAAUGGUGCAAAUUUUAGUGGUAUACAUGUAGAGACUUAUUUCCUAAAUCAAAAUAUAUUCUGGGUUAUUUGUUUCAUAUCUGUGUCAUGUUGUGUAGUUAUCAGACUGAAAUAAUUAAUUUUCAGAGAAGUGUAACUAUUUGAAAUGUGAUAUUUUUUAAUCGUUAUAAAGUUUAAAUGUAACUUAAGAUUCCUGUAUAAGGUACUACACACAUUUACUUCAGGUUAUAAGUACAUUGAAAAAUUACAAACUAACAAAAAGGCUGAAUGUAUUGUUGAAUGAGAAAUAAUAUAUAUAAUAUCCCUCUCCACCACUCAUCCUCCUCCUCCUCCUCCUCCCCUCCCAUUACAGAAUGCUUGUCAGUUGUCAGUAUUUAGAUAUAUGGUUUGCAUUUACUCUGGCUGAAUACAGAUGUUCACUUUCUAAGUGUAAUACUACAGCUGCACAGUUUUAAAUUUUGUGUCUUAAGGAUAUCAUCAUAUAAGUUUUUGAGACAACAUAACUUGAUGGUAUCAUCAUCAAAUUUCUGUCAAAUGCACAGGUUCCCAUACCCAGCUGUAUGAACUAUUAAAAAGUGAAUCAUGCCAGUGGGAAUAAAUGACAGUUAAGCUUAAGUAUCUUUACUAAGACAGUUUCAAUCUGUGUGUCUAUCACAUGGGAAAUCAGUUCUGUUGCGUAUGUUGCCUUUCAAGAACGUUGCCUCUUCAUAUGUGUAACUUUUUGAUGGUUUGUAAUUCUUGGUAUUUAUACCAAUUACUGCAUUAAAAAUUUUUAUGUAAUCAAAUCUGGUUUGAAACAGUGCCUUAAAAAGGCAGAAAGUGUAAUUAUUUAAUGCAAAUUCACUCUGCAUUUUUUGUCCCUAAAUGUAUUUCAUGUGUACUGUUUACUGUCAAAUGUCAGUAUCAGGACUGUGUAAAAGUUUGGUGCUGAUUUUUCUCUGUUUGAAAAUUGACAAGAUGGUCUAAGCUUUUUUCUAACUAGGAAAUAGUGUAAUUCCGUACCUUUUCUAAGGUUUAAGUGUAACAGUCGCCAAGAGACUAAGUGUAAAAACUGAAGUACUAGUUUGCAUAUAAAUGGUGCCCUGCUUUCCGUGAGGAAUGAAAUUUUAAAUGUUACUUUUACUUGAUAGUACAAUUUUCCCAAAGUUUAGAAGUAGUACUAGUGGUAAUAUUAUAGCAUUAUUAGAAAAUUUAGUUUCAGUGCAUUGCUUAACUGCUUCAUUGGGAUUUCUCAAUAUUUUUAAAAUCUUUGCUACAAUUGAUUAGUGAUCUGUGUAACUGUUUGACUAAUUACGUCCAUUAUACUUUUGCUGAGUCUUUGUUGCUGUACAAAGUGGCACACUAUGAAAAAUUAAAUAGCUUCCAGGAAUUUUUUAAUCAGCAUAAAUACUGCAAAACAGUUUUUUUAAUACUAAUCUCAGUCAUUUGACUCUUGUAAUGUGCUUAUGAUUUCAAAUGGUUUCAAGAACAUUCUCAGUUUUUCUCUCUAUUUAAUAGAGUAUAUUAGUACCCUUGUCUCUGCAACCCCUCCUUUUGGUAUUCUAUUUACUGAAGCUCACAGUGUUCACACAGAAUUAACAAUAUUAUUUGGCCGAGUGUAGAAAAUACUGAGACGUGGAAUUAUUCAUGAUAUGUAAACUGUAAAUUUUAACUCUAUCCUUUUGUUGACCUUUCCCAGCCUCACACAGAUUUGAAAUUAUGGCCUAAGAGGGAUUUGUUCCAUAUAUUUGGCAUGUUUUCAGCUAUUUGUUUUGAUAGCAUUUUACAAACAUUCUUGUGAACUGAUGAUUUAACUAAAGACAUUUUUGUCAUAGAGAAGAUUUAUCAGACUGUGUGGAAUGGGAAUGUAUUUCUCAUGUUGCCUACACCACUGCAGUGUUACAGCUUUCUUUCUGAAUAGUGUUGAAACACUUUUUGAUAUCACUGAACAGCUCAUUCCUCUAAGUGAGUGUUCAUUGCCACCUUCAGGUAACUACUUUGCUUUGCUUAUCAUCGAAGCAUUUUUCUUUAAAUCCAAAUACUGAUUUAUGUAGUGCAGUGCUGUUAGAAUUGCUUAUUUUCUUAAUAUAGGGAUCACGUACAUUGCUACAAGAAUUUCUGUUCCUGUUUCCAUAACACUGUCCUCAUUCUGUGAAGAAUAUUUCUGAAAACUAACCAUAAAUUGUGUGAUGAUAAAUAUUUGUCAAUCCUUACCACUGUUCUUUUUAUGAUGGCAAAUGAAGUUCAUUUAAAUUUGGUCAAUUCUGUCAUUCGUUAAACCUGUCCAAAUUAGGUUGAUAUAGGGCCACUUUCAUCAUUGUACCAUUAAUCUCAGUCCACUUCUCAUGUGGGUCUCUACCUCCUCUUUUCCCAACUAUCAGAUCAAGUAAAAAAUUGCUAUUCUUCCUGUCAUUCAUAAGUCUUUUAUCUAUUUAGUGAUACGAAUACACAUUUUGUAGAGGUAAGUGGCGAUUUUAAUUAAAGUAAUACAUAAAAGAUGGGCAAAAUGAUUUUGCAUGAAGGUAAUAAGAUUUCAUUUUAUGUAGAGGAAAUAUGGUUUGAAUGUCAAAACACAGUGAAUAAUUUAAUUAAUAAUGAUGUUGUUGUAGAGUUGGCAACAUAUCUGUUAAAAGGCUUAAAUUUAUGCUCAUCUCUAUGAAGGCUUAAAUUUAUGCAUGUAUCUGUGAUGUCUUCUAUCCUUACUCUCAUCUGUGAUAUUGCUGGCAUGCAUUUUUGUUUCUUAGUUAUGGUAUAGUGUUUCUACUAAUUUCUCUCAUUUGCUUCUAAGAGUAGGGUAACCACAGCUAUACUAAAUUUGUUGACUGUUAGUACAAUCCUUUGACAAAAAUAUGCCAUGUCUUUGCAGUCAGUACUGGUAUCAUUAAAAUGCAACAGUCAGUGAUGAGCUUCCACUCCAGAUCAGUAAGAACCACUUUGAUACCACUGGUAUCACAUGAGAAUUUACAAAUUGAGUUACUGGAUGUCAGAGGCUGAACAUCACAUUGAAUCUCCCUCUUCAGCAAUCACACUGUAAAAUGUUUUUGUUGAAGUUUGAUUUAUAAUGUGAAACAUAACAACAGCAUGUAUUUAGUGAAACCAGGAGUCCACAUUUUAUGAAAUUCCACCGACAUACAAUAGUGGAUAAGCUAUUGAUACAAAAUAUCUCAAUUGAGAAUCCUCUUUCACAAGUUCAGUCAUAUUUAAUUUUCUAUAACACAAUCUCAGUAUCAAUAUUGACUCUACAAAAAGGGGAAAAGAGAAAAGAAAAAGAACUUUAUUCACAUUUUUAAUCUAUGUUAAAAUCACACAAAUCAAAGUAGUAAAUUUAAUUUUGUUACUUUGAAUUUCGUGUCAUACUGUUGUGGAUGCAUUUGAUAAGUUGAUUAUGCCUCUGGAUUUGCAAUACGUAAACUAACUUUCGCAGUUACUCAAUAGGCACUUCUCUCCAGAUAAUUUUUCCUCAUUUCCUCUCUUUGAGACUAAAAAAAAAAACUAAGUCUAAAAUUUAACACCUUGAAAGUAGUUGUUAAUGAGUGUACUUGAAAACUCUGUAUUUACUGUGGUUGUGUGUAACAAUUGUAAUAGUCUGACAUUAUGCCUGAUAUGGUCCAGUGAUCUACAAGAUGCAGUGAUGUUUUACUGUCUCUGGAGAGCGAGCAUUGAAGCUAUUGUUGGAAUCACAUUCACAGAUCUGAAAAGUAACAUUCUAAAAUAAAUGCUGUUGCACUGUUAAAAAAAAAUUGUGACCAUUUUUCCAGUAUUGAUGUAAUAAACAGGGAAGGUAUGAUAGUCCUGUUUCACUCAAAAUAUUCUGUAUGCUUGUGACCUGCAUCUAUUUUCUUCGUAUAUCCCAAAGUAUUUGUUUUGCAAACACAUUUCUUUAUAUGUAUGGAGAGAUGACAAACACUUUCUUCCAUUUUUUUACAACCAUGGUUAACUUAAGUGUUUGAGGAGGCAGAAAGCUUUAAUAAAUACUCACCUUCCUCUUCAGGCCUGAAAUUUGUCUGAUGUCAUGAUGCAGGAAUUGUUUAGUACUUUUGAGCUGGAUACCCAGCAUAAAAUUUAUUUUGGCCUUUGCUGUCCAUCAUGGUUUUACUUUUCUGCUUAUGAUCACGUUGUUUCAUUUUCAUGGAGAGAUUUUCAUGUAUUGUCAUAUUUCAUAGAGAGGUUCUACAGUUAUUUUGUAAAUUUUCAAAGCUACCUGAUUCAUACUCUAGAAUUUCCAUAUUUUAUAAGCUUUUUAAGCUUAAUUAUGUGGCAGUUAUUCUAAUCCUGUAAUCUGUUAUUGCAAUAAUGUGUGUCAGUCAAUUUCUGUCUUUGUGAUAAUUUAUAUACUGUCCAGUGUUUUGCAUGGUAAUUCUGGUUAAAAGGAGUGGUGUGGUGAAAUUCCUUGAACUCCAAAUCUACAGGUGAUUCCAAAUAGUUUUGUGCAGUCAUUUACUGCACAACUAGAGACAAAAUUUGCGGUGUGGUUAUUUAAUAUGACAGAUUGUGUGCUGAACUCGGAUUACAUUAGACAAUUUAUUAAUGAUGUCAGAAUACUCCAAAAAUAUUAUGCAGGCAGUUUUCAAUAUUAUGCUGGAUGUAGGGAUAAAGUGAUGAAAUCUACACUGAAAAUAGUUUUUCAGUGUUGGGGGUGGUCAUGUUGUUGGUAGGAAUAUUUUCAUUGGUGUUGUAGAGAACAAAACAAAAAUCUGAGUCAUGAAAAUGGAGCAGAAAUAUAUAUAUUUCUAGUUCAACAUUUCAUUAACGUUUUCUGAAGCGACAGUAAAUUCAUGUGGUGUCAUGCUGAUUUUGAGUGCACUGUAGUUUAUUUUACAAUAGCUGUGAUUGAGACUGGGGAUUGAAGAGAGUAGCCACAUUUGGUAAAACUUUUCAGUGUUGCAUAAUUGUUUCCUUCAUCUGCCCUGAAAACAUCAUAUACUGCAUUACAAAUGGACAUUUCAUUCACUCGUUUUAGAAUUCUAAAGGUAAAUAUUUACUCAUAAUGAUGCACAGUUGAUCAGUAGUUUUUAUGGCUCUGAAUCUCUCUCUCUCUCUCUCUCUCUCUCUCUCUCUCUCUCUCUCUCUCUCUCUCUCUGUUUUGCAGAACACAAACAAUGUAAUUUUUUAUUUUGAAAUUAAUUUAGAAUUUGUGGUUUAAUCUUUCUCAUUUGAGUAGUUUCAGAGCUGUGUGGUCGGGUGGGUUUGCAUCUAUGCAUUGGUGCAUCUGUGAAAUAGCAAAAAUAUCUAAUUUUGUACGUUUAAAAUUAUAUGAAAUCACAUGUUCACAAGACUUCAUUUGUAAUAUGUUACUAUAUACUGUGUGUUGCUUUACUUUUAUUGGAAUAUGUGCAGUAGAAAUUAGUAUGGAAAUCUUUUGCCACGAUAAUUAGACUCUAAAAUAAAAUGGAAAACCACUUCAAACAUAAAACACAGUAUUGAAGGUGGCUGCAGAUUCUCAUAUUUGAUAGUGUCAAAUACUGUGUUAGUGCUGAAAUAAAAGAAUUAACGUGUCUAGAACUGAUAAUAACCAAAAUUUGCCCAGUGAGUGGCAGUGUACCAUCCUCAUUGUAUGGUCCAUGGUGGUUCAGUGUACUCUAGAGGGCAGUGACUAUAUAUGCUGCAAAGCAUUAAAAAUUAAAGUUUAAUGGACUGCUAAAAGUUCCUUUUUGUCAGUGUUGUUUGAAAUCUCAAGUAUAUUGUCCAAUAUUUGUGCCACUGUAUUGUAAAUGUAGUAUUUGAGAACUUUUGUUAUUGCUAUGAUAUCUGUUUGUCUUUGUGACAUUCUACAAUAGCUGUGUUACAUAGAGCACAUCAGUUUCACCUAAUAAGUCCUUCCCCACACACAUUCACACCCCUCUCCACCCUCUCUUCCCCCAACAGACAACUUCUGUUGUUCCUUGAGUAUGCAGAUUUUACAGCAAAAUACCAGAUAAUCAUUUUGAAUAUAGCAUUCUAAGUUUGUGUGACAGUAAUUUGCAGCAGCAAUAUAUUUCCUGAAAUACUAUUUCUUGACUGUCUGAUAACACAACUUUUUUGUUGUGUGAAAUGUUUUGUUUUCUUAUUAAAUUUUUGUGUCUGUAAAAGGUAAAAUAUAUUUCCAUUUAUAUGUAAACUUAUGGUGAAGUGAAGAAUUUAAGAGAGAUUAUUGGUUACAAAAUUUUGCCCUACAUAAGAUGUUGUGUUUACUCUAUACCCAAAAUUGCUGAAAAAUAUUUUUCCCCAUUGGUAGCAAAUAUGUUUAAACAUGAGUUGUCUGAAAUUAUUUCUUAUACAAAAUUCAAAGCACAAUAGUGACACUGCUUAUUUGGCCCCUGUUUUUGGAUGAAUUGUAAACUAUAUACAAACAAAUCAUAGUAAAUUUUUUGAGUCCUGAGUAAUAGCCAUAAUAUGGACCUUGACUGUAAUAUAAGAAAUCACCAUUACCUGUUACCAAGAUGGUAUCAUUAAUUUCCCUCUGAUGUUUUAGAAUCAGUAGUUAAAAUAGAGCUGAGAUUAUAUUAUUGUUAGAAUUUAGAAAGAAAUGUUUAUAUGUGUGUCUUUGUUAAACAAUAAUAUUUUUAUGUAUGCUUUACUGUACAAUACCCAGCUUUAUAUUAUUUUGUUUUGCAGUAAAAUAAAAUUUUAUGUAAAUGUAUAAUAUUUUACAUGUGGCUUGUAAUUUUUCAUGCAAUAUUUGCACCAGUAUCAGUUGUUUCUUAGGCAGUUCCUGCACUAAUUACCAUUAUAUUAACCAAUCUCAAGCUUUCAAAGUUUAUCAUCAUUUUAGCCUUACAGCUAAUAAAUUGUUACUCUAAAUAAUAUAAGAAUGUUAUUUAUUUAUGCUGUGCUUCACUGUUUGAAACAUGGAGCUCUUCCAGUAAUACUGUACAACAGUGUUGUUACGCAUACAAUUGAUGUUAUGAAACACCUGUGUCAUGAUUUAUUUUAAAGUAAUUUCCUGUAUUUUGUGUCGUUACAGUGUGAAGUAGGUAUCUGAUGCUACCAGCAUUAGUGCUUACAAUCGUAUGGUUUGUAUGGGGUGUUCACAGAGGUUUUUAAAAAUACCUCUGUCAUUAAAAUAUUGUAAUAAAGUAUUUUGUACAUUAUUAAA